GAAUAAUUAUAGGGCUCUUGCUGACUCCAAUGUUUUUUUCGAUUAUUUUAUUAUAAUACAAUGUUAGAGUGCUAACAGUAACAACACUCUGGUCUGGCAAUGAUAAGAAGAUAACUCUGCUCUCUCUCUUGUUUGUCCGCACUCUCUCUAUCAAAAACCUCUGGUUUUUAGUGAAACACCAAAAGAACUUGGAGAUUCCUCAAAACAAGAUUAUGCUGGUACUUUGUGUUCUGCUGCUGAGUGGGUGUCCAACAGAAAUCUAGAUAAAGGAUUACAUUGUGAUUGUAUUGGUGUUGUCACAAGGAUCGUUUAGCUGAUCUAUCAGAGGAAUUCAAAGGCUUCUGUCAUGAAAGCCAAGGCAUUCUAAUAUCGUUCCAUAUUUUGGUGACUGAUGUUCAGUGAAGUUCUGAAUCGUGAAAGAAAAGAUUACUUGGAUUGUUUCUAAUUUUAUUUAAGGAAUCAGGCAGGCUGGUUAAGAAUUCAAUGCAAGCAUCGAAACAACUCAGAGGUUCGGGCAUGUCCAGCAGAUUUCUCUAUCAACCGAUGCAAGAAGUUGAAGCCUACUGCAAGCCUCAGUCCAGAACUUUAGACCGCCAGAUAUACUCCAGUGGCAGCACCCAAGGAACCCCCUUCACCAUUCCAAACUCCCAUGAGCAAUACUGCACGCUGGAGUCAUCUUCAGCAAAUGGCAGCUAUGCUGCUUACAACUCCCCAUCAACUGUCAGUUUCUCACCAAAUGGAAGCCCAUUGUCACAGCAAGAAUCUCAGUCAUAUUCACUUGAGCCACGUCAUUCCCCUGACAAUGCCAGUGGUUCUCCAUUAAGUGGCUCCUGCAUAACUGAUGAUGCCCAUGAUUUCAGUCACAAGUUGAGAGAAUUAGAAACUGUGAUGUUUGGGCCUGAUUCCGAUAUUAUUGACAGCAUUGAAAAUGCACUUGAGAGUGGGACAAACAUCGAGUCACUGGAAAUGGAUAGCUGGAGACAAAUAAUGGAUGUGAUUUCUAGAGGGGACCUAAAACAAGUCCUUAUUGCCUGUGCAAAAGCAGUGUCAGAUAAUGAUCUGUUAAUGGCACAGUGCUUGAUGGACAAGUUACGCCAGAUGGUCUCAGUUUCUGGUGAACCAAUUCAAAGAUUGGGAGCAUACAUGUUGGAAGGGCUUGUUGCACGCCUGGCCUCCUCAGGGAGUUCCAUCUGCAAAGGUUUAAGAUGCAAAGAACCAGCAAGUGCCGAGAUGCUGUCUUACAUGCACAUUCUUUAUGAGGUUUGUGCCUAUUUCAAAUUUGGGUACAUGUCUGCAAAUGGUGCCAUUGCAGAAGCCAUGAAGGAUGAAAACAGGGUUCAUAUAAUUGAUUUUCAAAUUGGUCAGGGGAGUCAGUGGAUCAGUCUAAUCCAGGCCUUUGCAGCAAGGCCUGGGGGGCCACCCCACAUCCGCAUUACAGGUAUUGAUGAUUCCACAUCAGCAUAUGCCCGUGGAGGAGGACUGAGUAUAGUGGGAAAAAGGCUAUCUAAGCUUGCUGAGUCAUUUAAGGUGCCAUUUGAGUUUCAUGCUGCUGCCAUGUCUGGCUGUGAGGUUCAGAUAGAAAACCUUGGUGUUCGACGUGGGGAGGCUCUAGCAGUGAACUUUGCAUUUGUACUUCACCACAUGCCUGAUGAGAGUGUCAGCACUCAGAAUCACCGGGAUCGGGUGCUGAGGCUAGUUAAAAGCAUGUCUCCAAAGGUGGUCACCCUUGUUGAGCAGGAAUCUAACACGAAUACUGCUGCAUUCUUCCCUCGGUUCAUCGAGACACUAAACUAUUAUACUGCUAUGUUUGAAUCCAUUGAUGUGACCCUUCCAAGAGACCACAAGGAACGGAUCAAUGUGGAACAGCAUUGCCUGGCAAGGGAUGUUGUUAACAUAAUAGCAUGCGAGGGAACUGAGAGGGUGGAAAGACACGAGCUUCUUGGGAAGUGGAGAUCGCGAUUCACAAUGGCUGGGUUUACUCCAUACCCAUUAAGCACCUUGGUGAAUGCCACCAUCAAAACACUGCUAGAGAACUAUUCUGAUAGAUAUAGGCUUCAAGAAAGAGAUGGGGCUCUUUAUCUUGGCUGGAUGAACAGAGAUUUGGUGGCAUCUUGUGCAUGGAAGUGAAAACUGCAUGCUGAUUUCGCUCUCUUUAGGAAAGCGGGCAACUAGCUGAGGUAGAACCGCAAGGGUUCUAAGAGGAAGGCAGUGGUCUCAGCUGUGUACUUGGCUUCUGAAACUCUAAGUUACCCUCUCUUGUUUUUUUCUUUUUUUUUUGAAUCAGUAGCUCAAUGCUUUGAACUUUUUAGCUUUUCCUGGCCUUGGGAGAACCAAGUCUUGGUGCUUUGCGGUUAGAAUAUGUUCACUUUCUCAGAGCAUUAGGUAUUCUGAUUCCGAAGGUUCACCCUCUGGAUCUCUGGCCAUUCUGGUUUCCUAAUGAAAUUGUGGAAUUUUUUUCAA